AUGGAUAACGUAAAGUACCCGGUCCGGUGCCAAUCGUUGCCGUCCAGUGUCAAGUCAGCAGAUGGACUUGCACCGGGCGGCGCCGGGGAGCCAGGAGCGGAUGGAAUUGUCGGCGGACCGAGGACUCCCCAGCAAAUUGCGGCACAGAAACGACUGCAGCAGACGCAGGCACAAGUCGAUGAGGUGGUGGAUAUUAUGAAAACAAACGUAGAAAAAGUACUGGAGAGAGAUCAAAAACUUUCCGAGCUGGAUGACCGAGCCGAUGCACUGCAGCAGGGGGCUUCACAGUUUGAACAGCAAGCCGGCAAACUGAAGAGGAAAUUCUGGCUUCAAAAUCUUAAAAUGAUGAUAAUAAUGGGUGUAAUCGGCCUCGUUAUACUUGCAAUCAUUGUAGCGAAAUUCAUGCCAGCUGAACAACCCCAACAACAAAUGAUAAUGACACCGCAGAUUCCGAUGCAGCAAAUGUCGAUGGGCGGCCAACCCGCACACGCAGCGGCUCUCGUGCUAGACAUCUCAUCUGUAGUUUCUGAGCAACAACACCGGUUUACUAAAUAA